AUGGAAAAUCAAAGCGGGAAGAUGGUUGUUACGGUAUGUGCUGGCCCAUUCGUUCGUGAGGCAGUGGUAAACACCGUUCGUCCAAGAACGAGCGAGGAUCUGCGGUUGUUCAGUCUCUAUUUAGAGCCUUCGUUUGAAUGGCUAAAUGAACUUUCCACCCAAGCUCCAGAGUGCUCCGGCCAGACGAGAGCUCACGAAGGGCAUCGGGAUUUAUCUGAUUGCGCCUCUGUGAUUUCUGGAAGCACACUUACUCCUGAAAGUCCAAAGAGCGAAGAUGAGAAGAGGCGCAACCGAAAGUUCACCGGUGAUGAUGCGGAGUACGAUGAAACAUCCGAUUUUGCCUCUGUGCUUUCUGGGGGCACGCGUACUCCUGAAAGUAACGAUGAAAGUUGGCGCAAGCAGAGGAUUGCCGAAGGCGCUCCAACGGGGUUAAGAUACACAAAGGGUUCAAAGAAAUCUACAGGAGAGCGCUAUGCUGUAUAA